CAUUUUUCAUUGCAUACUCUUACACUAAAGCAUACCUCACCCACCAUGCCGUACAAGCCCAAGGGGCAGGAGAUCGCUCUGGUCAGCUGCUGCGCCGUGGUGCUCGCGCUGGACCUGGCUUUGAUAAUCUAUGUUCACCUUAACCGAAAGUACCUGCCAUUGAAAGUAAAGCACCUGCCAAGCAUCUAUCUGGCAUAUGUCGGAGCAGUCUUUUGGUUUAUUGGGAACACUGCAUUCAAUGCCCCGUCGCUGUUCAAUUUUAAUUUAUUCUCUUGUGUCGUUUACUUCGCCUGGAUCCGGAUGAGCCUGGGGGUAUUUUUGACACUCGGUGUGUUCUUGUACCGCGUGUACUCACUUGUAUGCAUCUUCAAGUGGGAGCGGAGACCAGUAGGCAGGUACUUUUGGUGGCUUACUGGCAGCUUAGUAGUUGCCUCCUUCACAUAUGCACUAGUUGCCAUGGCGCUUUCUGAUGCUCACGGGUUCAGCUACGACGAAGCCUCCGCAAACUGCAAGACUGGAGGCUUGAUAUACUACUUUGCCACCGCAAUCAUUAUCAUAUUGGUUCUGGCCAUCAUUGUGUUGACAUUUAUGGCACGUAGAAUCAAUAGCUGCUUCAACGAGUCGAAGGAGUUGCUCAUACUCACCUUUACAAUCACAGCCCUCAUGGCAGUUUCGAUUGCUACUCAAUGGAUCACCGUAGGCGACAACAGGGCAUUCUGGAUAAGGGCUGUAAACAUGGUGCUGAUGGUCGUCGUGUGCAAUGUUUUCUUCCUCAUCGUUCUCGGUCCACCUGCCUAUUACUCGAUCUUUGACCGUGAAGAGUACCACAAGCGGUUUAUGCACAAGCUUGUCAAGACCGAUCUCUGGAACAAGUAUGACGCGGAAGACUGCGAUACCGGAAGUUCGCUCCGGUUCAGUUUCACAACAUCGUAUGGAUCGGAAGAUGCUGUGCGUCUGAACUUUUCCGGAUCAACGCUGAACUUGCCAGCAGAAGCACAUGCCCCUGCAAGCAUGUCAAAGGAAACACAUAGAAACCUGUCUCAUAUUUCACUUGAUUAAAUCAAACA